AUGGAUUUAACCCCAACACGAAAGGAUUUCCAAAAAGGUGAUCGAGUGGAAGUGAGCAGCAGAGAUUAUGGGUUUAUUGGCGCGUAUUAUGAAGCAACUGUAGUUGAAGACUUGGGGGGCAAGUAUAAGGUGGAGUACUUGAGUUUGGUGGAUGAGAAGGACGAGUCCCGACAACUCCAAGGGGAUGUUGACGCAGAUGAGCUCCGCCCUCUGCCACCUUCACCUUCAGAGCAAGAGAAAAUGAAAAGCACCAUAACUGAGGUUAAAAAGGAGGGAGAGAAGGAGAUUUACUCCGUUUACUUGGAAACUACGGCGGACCUCUGUGAUUACUCUAAGGAACAAUUGAGGUUUCAUAAGGACUGGAUCGACGGAGCGUGGGUUGAUUGCAACGACAAGAAACAAAAGCAGGUGGGUUGCAAGAAGAGAGUGUGGAUUGAUGACAAUGUUGAAGACAGGUACAAGAAAGUGCGCAUCGAUGGAAAGUUGGUCGAUUGCAAGGAUAAGUUAAGAGUGAGCCCUGUGAUUCCAACGGGAAAGCCUUGA